GGUGUCUGAGUUGGCAGGAAUGUGAAUUGUUUUCUAAAGUUAGUGAAUUUUACUCUAAACUAUCUUUUUUUUUUUACUGGGGACUUAGUCCCUCAAAGCCUUCUCCCUUUGGGGAAAUUUUAACCACCAAGCUCCACUAGCUAAAAUUGAACUGGCUGAGACGGCUGAUCUUCGGAAUUCUUCAAGAAGGCAAUGCAGUAUGUCAUCAAGAUGAAUCUUUGUGAAAGAAAAGAAAAGGAGAAAAAAGCAAGAUGAGAAGAAGUCUAAGGAUGAUCUAGGAAAUCCUAUAGACCCCAGAUGAGGAGAAAACGGCAUGGAUUAUUUCCUAAUGAUUUGGUCCAUUUCCCUCGGAAAGCCUUCUUUAAAGAGGAAACACCGGUGCCAGUACCCUGUCCCCCACAUUGGAUUUCACCAUUGUGGGAACAAGAAUACCAUUCCAAAGCUGAGCAGAUACCCUACCUCAAACAUGAGGCCAGGAAUACCCAACCAUUAUUCCAUCCAUGUCACAAGAGCAAAUCUGUCCCUUCUCACUGUCCCAAAAAGCUAAGCACAGCUUCACAAAUGUCCUGCGUGGAUACCAAGGCUGAUCCCUUCCUUUAUCUUAAUCACCAGGAUGGGAAUAAAACAUCCUUACCUCGCAAACACCACACAGCCAAUCAACCUAAGCCCGACUGCAAAUCCAGACCUACUGUACCUCUGAUACAUACCAAACAGCAUCUCAUAUCUCCUCUGCUUAACUCCAAAUACCAACAUGAGACCCCACUAGACUCUAACCAUAAAAUGGAGGCUGCUACAAACCCUAACCACCUUCCGAAGAUUUUUGCUGACUUUGGCCAUUUACACGAGGAUCACCUCAGCCAGCAAUUCCCAUCUUCAAAAUACCAUCAAGCUGAGCUUUCACUCAUGGGCAAUAGGACCAAGGCAGUAAAAAAAAAUAAAACAUUUUCUAAGCACCAAGCCACGGCUGCUCACAAACCAGUGAAAUCAACUCACUCAUUUGAAGUUUUUCCAAGACCCAGAUUCCAAGACAGAGUUCUAACCACUAGGAAGCAUCCCACAGGUGGACCCUCACCAUUUUGUCCUGACCGUUGGUCCAAAACCAUCUCAUUUAAGACAUCUGACUUGGAUUACUGGGUCCACGCCAAAACUUUCAAGGUUUUUCAACCUAGUCAUGACGUAAGGGAGACAGUAUCACUGUUACGAUGCAUUGACAACCGUUCCAAAGAUCCAUCUAAGCUUUUAUCAGAUCUGAAUGGGAAAACAAGGGCCACAACAGCGUGUCCACCCUGCCCACAACACUGGACUAUAGCCACAGCUUUGCCAUCACCAGCUCCAAAACACCAGACCAAUACACCACCUACACCAUCACAAGAUUUCAAGCCAUUAGAAGUUCCUUCUUCAUGCCUGGAAAAUCUCUGUGCUAAAACAUCCCCUUCUGUUUUCAGGGAGGCUCCAUUGGGCCCUGAUUACAAGACCAAGGACCCAUCUGGGUUAUCCCCAUUUUCUGAACACCGACCUGCACCGAUCAUAAUUCCAAUCUGUUCAACCCUCUAUAGCAAGGAAGCCCAGGACUCUCAACUUGAGGACACAGCCCUGUUAUUCCCAUACCAUCAGAAGAGUACCUUGGAAGGCUCUGAUGUACAAGUUACACCUCUGCAGUAUGGCCCAGGCUUGAAUAUCCAGAGAACACAAUCCUUAGUACAUCACCAGGACCCAGAAGUGAUAGGAAGUCAGGCUCCCCGGGAUGAAGUUCUAAAAGACAGGAACUCAGAGACACCAACUCCUCAGAGUCCCAAUCAUGUGGGUAUAACUCCAGUUGACCUGGACUUGUCAGUGUCACCACCAAAGCCAGACUACAGGGCCACACUACCACUCAGCUGUGAACUCAAGGCCAUAGAUCUAUGCAGAAAUGAACACACGAGUGAACCUGCUGCAUCAGCCCCAAAUAACCCCCAGACCACACCACCAACAGAAGAGGACAACCAAGACACAUCUCAAGUAGACUCCAACUUAACCCAGAGAUUAAAGCAACCAAACUCUGAUUGCAGAGCCACAUACUCACCUAGUCCUGAGGACCACCAGACUGAAAAUGUACAAAACUGUCGCAAACAGUUCACACCUCAAGAUCAGAAGGAAAUAAACCCUCCAGGAGGAGACCACCAGCCUAUAGUUCUCACAGACCAGGAUAAUAAGGACAAAUUUUCAAUAGAUACAAAAUCCCAAAAUAAAAUAGACCAGAUUCAUUGGGCGGCAUUCCCACUGGACAUAGAACAAAAGGAUAUAAAUCCAUCUUGUCCUGACCCCCAGAUUACAUGUUUACCCACUUAUGACUUCAAAGAUAUGGCUGUACCGGGUCCAGAUGUGCUGACCCAGGCAAAAUCAGAACAGCAGAAAAUGUUGCCAGAAGUAGAACACCAGGGGCUAGCUUCCAUGGGUCAGAUAGAGUGGGAAGCAUCUCCACAAAGAAUAAUAGAUCACACCCACCUGAUGCCCUUUGAUUCUGAAUACCGGACAUUUCCAGCCAGUCCAAGGGCCCUAAUACCACAUGGCUUUUAUCACCAAGCUGAAGGUACACCAGAUGCCAAUGUUCAUGGGAUACUUCAAGCAGAACAAAUUGUGUUCAUGGUUCAAAAAGAACAAGAAUGUAACCACCAGGUCAUGACUACUGAAGACUUAUCACACAAAGCAGUGUUUCUUUCAGACUUUGGUUUCCAGAAUAAAGAUCUAAUUGACCCAGAAGUUAUUCUUCCAAUUCCAAGGCUACUACACAACAACCAACAAACUGAAAAUGCACUGAACAGCAAUCUCCAAGUCUCAAUCCAGACACAAGAGGAUCUCUGGCAAGCAGUUCCAAUUGAAGCAGGUAACAGUGUUAUUACUAUAGAAAUCUGGGAUGAUGAACUAACAGCUAUCCUUGGCCCAGACCCUAACCACAGGGCCAUACAUCCACCCAGCCCAGACUUCCAGAUCAUUCCUCCCUUUACAACUGGCCACCAAGAGGACACUGUUCCAGACGCCAAUGAUGAGGUCUCAAAGGAUCAGCUGAAACGAGACUCACAGGGGGCAAUGUCACCAAAAGACCACCAGGACAUAACUGUCCCCAGCCAAGAUCAGGGGGCAACAUCUUCACUAAUAGUAGAACUCCACAAAGUAGCUCUCUCUGGUCUCAAUUCUCAGGAUAAAUUGCAAUCCAUCCCCAACCAUCAAUCAGAGGCUGAUACUGAGAUCACAACUCCAUCAAAUCUCUAUCAUUCAGCAAAAAUGUUAAUGGAUCCAGAGAAGAUCAUACUACCAUAUAGUUCCAAGUCCCCAUUUGUUUUUCCAUUAAGUGCUGAAAACCAGAAUGAGGCUAAAUUAGAUGUCCCUAACCUAGAGAGCAUGGUUCCAAGUCUAGAUGAGGAGAAAACAACUCCACUAAGUCCAGUGCACAGGGCCCAAACCCUAUCAGGUCCAAAACACCCAAAUGAGGCUCUGACAGCUUGUGACUGCCACUGUGAGACAGAACUGAGCUCUGAGAACCCAGAAGAAGUUCAGCUUGGGCUUCAACACCAGACCUUUUCCAAGAAAAAAAGACAAACUUUAUGGUAUUUAAAUUACAUCAAGCCAUACACCGUUGAAGGGGGUGAUGUCUCUGAAAAAAUUAUUGAUGAAAUCAUUAAUUCCAUCCCUCAGGAUGAAAUAAAAAAUGACAUCUGUAGACAGAUUAUCUUGCAGAAGAUAAAGAAGGUAUCCACCCCUCAUAGUAGUGACCAGUGCAUCCCACUGGAUUAUCCAGUGUGCCUAAUUUGUGUUUCCUGGAUCCCUAAUGGCUGUCCCCAUGUUUGGGGGAUGAAAUAUCCCUGUGAGGCACAAUUGCUAGUCAUACCAAUGCCUCUGUCCAAUUCUGAGGGGCAGAUAAAUGUGAAAUUUAUCCUCCAAGUAAAGCAUGCAGCCAAGUGCUCUAUUUUUACCCUCCCGUACUCCUAUUAUGAUUUUCAAGGGCCUUUAACCCAUCCAUUGAAUUCUCCAGUAUCUACCCCCAAGAAGCUGGAGCUUCCUAGGCCUGUGAAGGGGAAAUGGCUUGGUUUUAUACCUGGCAAGAAGCUCCAACCAGAAGAAAGGACCCUACCUACAAUCCAACGGCCUCACAUAGGGAAAACAUCCAUAAAAAAGGAUGACAGAAGAGAGGAAGCAACACCAAAGGAACAUAGGACAUUUCUCAGAUCUAUUCUAGACAUGUUUCAAAAAAAACAAAGAAGGAAUUAAAUGGCUAUCUUUUCUCUCAGAAA